GGAAAACCCACUACUCGCGAGCAAGUGCAGGCACCGUUGCCCAUCCAUUCAUCGUUCAUGAUCCCAGCCUGCCUCCGCGGCCUCUGCACCUGCUUCGACGUGGACGACGACAAGGCUAACAACCACGAGCAAGAGCCGACGAUGGCCGCCGACGACGACCAGACGGCAAGCACCAUCAUCGCCCACCGCACCGUGGAGCUGAGCACCGGCGUGCGCCUGCACGUGGCGGAGGCCGGCGCGGCAGCGGCAGCAGGCGCGCCCGCGGUGCUGCUGCUGCACGGCUUCCCGGAGCUGUGGUACACCUGGCGCCACCAGAUGCGGGCGCUGGCCGCGGCCGGGUACCGCGCCGUGGCGCCGGACCUGCGCGGGUACGGCGGCUCCGACGCGCCGCCGGCGCGGGGCGACGACGACGACGACGAUCCGGCCGCGCAGUACACCGCGCUGCACGUGGUGGGGGACCUGGUGGCGCUCCUCGACGCGCUCGGCGAGAGCCAGGUGUUCGUGGCGGCGCACGACUGGGGCGCGCUCGUGGCCUGGAGCCUCUGCCUGUUCCGGCCCGACCGGGUGCGCGCGCUCGUCGCGCUCAGCGUCGCCUACACGCCCCGCAGCGCCGCGCGGAAGCCCGUCGACGGCCUCCGGGCGCUCUUCGGCGACGACUACUACAUCUGCCGGAUCCAGGAGCCCGGGGAAAUAGAAGCAGAAUUUGCACGCCUUGGCACUGAGUUGGUGCUCAAGAAAUUCUUUAGUUAUCGCUCCCCUGGAGCUUUGUUCUUCCCAAAGAGUGGUUGGGGCUCACCAGAUGAUGAAGUACCUUUACCGAGCUGGGUAACAGAGGAGGACCUUAAAUACUACACCAGCAUGUUUGAGAAGACCGGCUUCACUGGGGGACUCAACUACUACCGUGCCCUAAAUAAGACAUGGGAGCUCACAUCACCAUGGACUUUAGCUAAGAUAAAUGUACCUGUUAAGUUCAUCAUUGGAGAUUUGGAUUUGACAUACCAUAAUCCUGGCAUACAAGAUUUCAUUCACAAGGGUGGCUUCAAGAAGUUCGUUCCACUUCUCGACGAUGAUAUUAUUGUCAUGAAAGAUGUUGGGCAUUUUAUCAAUGAAGAAAAACCAAAUGAAGUUAGUGAGCACAUAAUCAACUUCAUAAAGAAAUUUGGUUGACUAUAGUUCCUUAAAAACGCCAUGUGGUGUUAUAAAUCACAUAAUUGCCCACAAUAAUACAAAAUUUGGAAUUAUUUUUAAACUGUUGGCUUGUGGAAUGUAAUUCAUGUUCAAAUCUUGUUCAAUUGAUAUUACCUUUCUUGUUGCCAUUGUAUUUGUGUGAAGCAUUAAAUUUAUUUAAGAACUGUGGAAUGAAGUUUAAUGUUAUGAU